AUGAAUCCAAGAGAGAAACCAAUUUUCCAAGAAUACCUGACAAACCAGGGCACUGUGGUAAAGCCCUAUUGCUGUCUGAGACAGAACCACACCUGUGCCAGUUGUCCCUACCACAUACGCACGGGUGAAGAAGCCAGAGUCCCUUACGCAGAAUUUCAAAGGGUCUUUGGCUUCCCAUACAGAUCAACGACAACUCUCCAAAGCAAACACCUUCUCUUCUACGAACUGAGGAGUUUCUCGGGCACAGUAGUCCAAAAGGGCCACGCCACAGACUGUACCGAGCAAGACAACCACCCAGAAUCUAUGCUGUUUGAGGUGGGCGGUUAUCUGGAUGCAGUUACAGAUGUCUAUAAAAACAUCAGAUGCAUCAUCCUCUACGCAAAUUACUCUCCUUGUAACGAGGCUUACCACUGCUGCAUAAGUAAAAUCUACAAUUUCUUGCUGAAGUAUCCAGAAAUCACGCUCUGCAUCUAUUUCUCUCGGCUUUAUCACACUGAGGACGGCUUCCCCACCGCCACGUGGAACCAGGAGGCUUUACGGAGCCUCUCCAGCCUGUGGCCGCGGGUGACCCUGCAGAGACUGCCUGCGGGAACACAGCAUUACCUCCUCCUCAAUUUUGUGUAUGGCAUCCCAGGGCCAACCCUUUAUCACCCAGCUCCACCCUCAAGAACCUUAGCAGGUGGACAAAAUCCAGGUCAAAUUAACUGCUUAGCAGGAACGAAACCUUGUCGCAGGAAAGCCUUCCCACAAGCAAUGCAGAGAAAGCCUGCUGUGCAGCAGAACCUAAAGGCUUUUUCUUCCCCGAGCCCGGCCUCCCAGCAGCCUUUUCAAGCGGUGAAAGGCAGCCUGCUACCUCCGAUCUCUCAAAGCCGCUUGGUCCUUUUCCCAGGCAUGUUUCUGCCCUUUCAGAAGGAACAUCUAUACCCCAGACCUAAAAAUAUCGUCAAGCAUUUAAAAAUGCCGAUGGAAUAA